ACUUCUAGUAGAAUACAAUCUGGCACACGGCUAGUGUGAAUUUGGGAAAGAAUAUCACUGGUCUAUCAAGACAUCUCUGGUGUGAUUGGAAGAGGGAAAGAGGAGACGUACUGCACAAAGAUUUACCUUUCGUAUUCCAUCUCGUUACAUGCAGGCAGACACGAGAAGAGUUUCCUCGAGUCGGUGUCUAGAACACUCCUGCACCAUAUUGCGGACAGUCUCUUUUGAGGUACCGUGUUCGCAUCCGCAAAGAUGACCCUUCGGCGAUGGAGCCUUCUUUCGCUUUGUUCUCUGAUUGUCUGUAUCUGGUCUGGACAGGCAGCGGCAGUCGACCUCACCGACAUAGUCGAGCCGCCGGAGUGCAAAAGCAGGGGCGCUGCCAUUGAAUGGACGUAUCGAAAGGACAACCAUUCUGCGUGUUUCGCUUCGUGUGCCACCGAGCCAUACGUCCUGCUUCUAGACGGUGGCAAGUGUCUGUGCGGCCGGCGAGGCAGUGCCCAAUCAGAACACUGGAUCACGAAGGACGAAAGCAUAAUCCUUCUCAGCGUCACGGCGUUCGCAGUGAUUGUUACCUGUGUUACUCUCGCAGUAGCUAUAGUCCAGCACCGGAAUCGACACGAGCGAUGCAACCGAUGCUUGCGCCACUUCAAAUCCUCCGUUCUGGAGAACAGGCGAAGUCAGGGGGACAUGCCGAAGCCAGAUCCACUCGCGCAUCUGGCGAGGAACCCGAUGGCCGACGAAGAACCGUUCGUGCCUCUGACUCUCAACAAUGCGCAGAACUACUACGACCAGACUCCCGAAGGGCCUCGAAACGCGGCACCGACGGAACCGCAAGUGUACCCGAUCGCUAUCUUUGAUUCCGAUCGCCACGGGGAUUCGUACUACGAAACUAUGGCGGCCGGAUCGAGUACACCCUACGAGGGCAUGAGUGCGUGUAGCGUCAACGCCGAAAGACAAGUGGACUUGGACAGCUCCAGCGAAAGGAGUCUAGCACCGUCGUCGUCCUCCUCCUCCAAUGAAGAUGGCAGUGAUGACGAGCAGACGUUCGAAGACUAUUGCGAUAUGAUGCCGCAGGUGAUCAUGGCAAGUGAUGAAUGUGAUAGCUCGAAGGACUACCAGUCCUUCGUCGUCAACUCAUCACUGAAGACAUUCAUGGCGCAGAACGCGGCACGCACCGAAGAAGAUCCAGAUUACGGCAUGGUUUGCUCUCCCGAGAUAGAGAGCGUGGGCAACUGUUUGUACAUGCCGCUCGCCAACCCUGAGCGCAUCACCGAAAGUGUUGGCCCAGAGGCAACCAGUUGCUACCAGAGUCUGCAGGCUGCCACGAUCCCACACUUUCACCGAAAGAUGGUCAUUAAGGAACACAUCAGGUCGAGAGACCGCCUGCCGCCGCCGGCUCGAACGGACUACGAGUGUAUUUGGGGCCAAGCUAGCCCCCCGCCGAAUGCCUCAAUACCAUUAAGCAGCAUUCGGGAAGAAGCCGAUCAGGCCGCCCCAAACACACCGUAUCGAACAAGAUACAGCCUUCAAGAGCGACGAACGCAGAGGGCAGCUGAAAACGAGGAAAGAUCCCGGCGGAGGACAAUGCCAUCGUCGAGUUUCUCCUACGCACCAACCUCGAGCAUACCAAGCCCGAAGUCACUGUCACCUCUGGCAGCACGCACCCCAGUUUCACCGCUAGCAGAUAAGGAGCCAACACUUAAGCCGGAUGAUGCGUACGAAUUGAAUUCAGUGGAUGCCAUCAACGACUACUUAUGCGUCGCAGGUGAGCCAGCGCGGGAGCCAUCAGAUUCGCGUUCCUCUCCAAAUAGGGGUGUUUGUGUGACUACGGCAAGGGACGAGGCAAUGAACCUGUCCUUGAGAGCUCUCCCGGAACUGCCGAGCUUUUCCAGCAAGCCACCACAGUCUCCAGCGCAGCGGUGCAGUACUGCCACCACUACCGCCAGCUCACUGCCACCACUUCCCAAGACGCCGCAGAAACUCCAGCGAUCCUUCAGCAGCUUGGAUGCAGAACGUAAAGUCAGCCGUAAAAACUUCAGGGCAUCCGAAAACGAGCCCAGUGGCCUCAGCAAGACUCGGGAGACUUACGUGCGCCCAGACGAGAAUCGUGUCGCAGACCGACCGUGGAAAUUGCAGAGGUCGAUAUCCGCGGGCGAUCUGACUUCCAGGUCACCACCGCCAGUUCAACCAAAUCCGCCGACCUCGCCUAGACCGGGCCAUCGCACGGCCAGCAUGUCCGAGAGCGAUCGCAAGCGAAAGAGGGCAUGGCAACCGCUGCCUCGUCAGGAAACGGACCCAUACGUGGAGCUGUCCAGUGAAGUAAGGCAACCACCCGUGCCGUCCGAGACCAGCCGACCUCACGCCAGCUCUCGUGAGCGUUUGGCCAUGAGCACACCGGAUGUUUCACAACUUCACCGCCCGCCUCUCCCGACACCUGCUGCUGGUGCACCUAAACGGCACUCGGCAAAGCAUCAGGACGAAGUUGGGAAAGUACGCCCAAUGUUCUACGACGAUGAUGUUGCACGUGGAGAGCAGGACACGUACCUGGACCUAGCAACUACUGCAAGCGAACAACAUGAAAAGCAACUUCCAGCGACAUCAACAGCAUCCGCAAUGCGCCACCUCUCAUCCUUACCGGUUAUACCCGCCGUGUGUGAGAGUCGUGGCCCACCAACUCUGCCCCGGCCCGGUGCCACGCGUCCACCCGCCAGCUUUUCUCGCACGGACGCAAGCGACAGCUCGAAGAUGCAGCAGCGUUCCGGCAACCCCCAUCGCCAGCAGAUGCUCUCACUGCCAGUCAACAGGGGACCACCAAAGACUGGCGCCAAGGAAUACGGGCAAGUGCGACCCAUGUUCACUGAUGAUGAUGGUGGGGCAGACAGCCCGUACAUGGACCUCGCUGGAUCGCAAAAUUCUAAACCCAUCACGGCACGGACGUACGCUGCUGGUCGAAACCCCAAGGACCAAUUUGAGACGCCAAAGACUGGCGCCAGGGAAUAUGGGCAAGUGCGACCCAUGUUCACUGAUGAUGACGGGGCAGACAGCCCGUACAUGGACCUCGCUGGAUCGGAAAAUUCUAAACCCAGCACGGCACGGACAUACGCUGCUGGUCGAAACCCCAAGGACAAAUUUGAGACGCCGAAGACUGGCGCCAGGGAAUACGGGCAAGUGCGACCCAUGUUCACUGAUGAUGACGGGGCAGACAGCCCGUACAUGGACCUCGCUGGAUCUGAAGAUUCGAAACCCAUCUCGGCACGGACAUACGCUGCUGGUCGAAACCCCAAGGACCAAUUUGGCGCGGUUGGCGAGAUGGAUAGUGUGUACAUGGACCUUGCUGGAUCGGAAGGUUUCGAACCCAUCCCGUCACAAACAUACAUGUGCCCUGCUGGUCAAUACCCCAAGGACCAAUUUGGCGAGACAGAAGACAUGGAUAGCGUGUACAUGGACUUUGCUGAGCCGGAGGAAGCAAAUGCCCCGCAGCGACCGCCGAAUGUUGCUCCCCGGGAGCGCCUGUCAGCCACUGAACUGCCCGCUGCAUAUGGAUCAUUCUGUUAGGCUAGAGGCUCAGUGACCUAAUGCCCACCCACCCCCCCCCCCCCCCCCUCACACACACACACACACACACGCACACACACACUGCAUUAGUGUUACUGAGCUAUAUCUGGUAUUCUCGCCUUUUUCUGAUCACUUGAAGACACUUGAGUGUGUUCCGCGUCAACGAUUCGGUUGUUUGCAUUUUUGUUUAGCUAAAAUGUAACUUCCCCGUCGGCACAGGCAAUAUCUGCCUUUUCACACCGCAUAUCACCUCAGUUCUCGCAAAAUGAUGAACGGAUCGGUGUACAGGUACAUGUACACGAUCAGUAGAAAAUCAUAAUUUCCUUCCGAAGCUGACGCCGUCUUAAAUAGUAGCAUUACUGUACCAUAGGUACAGAGAACAAACAUGGCCUCUUGAAGCUAUUCCAUAGCAAUCGUGUACGGGCACAUGUGUCCGACUAACCCGUAACCGCUCCAGGAAAAUACGUUCUGUGUUGUUUCAUACUUUUAAGAGUUGAGCUGUUUCGAGAGAGGUACUUUGAAUGUGUGUGCCUAACCAAUCCAUGGACAGCAUGCAGUUUUUGCUAUUUUUUCAUCCUAAGGCCGGUUGAUCUCGUGUUCGGGGAGUAACUCUAAUUGAGAGUGACUAACCGUUCCUAGUAUACUUUUUGCAGAAUAAAAAUUAAUAUUAUCAACAGACUAAGAGUUGAGCUGUUCACAGAGGAACUAAGUUACUUUGAAUUCGAUGUCCAGUCAGUAUAAUUUUAAAAGCUUUCCUAAAUCAGCUUGUCUCUUUGCACAGUCAUUUACCAUGUAGUUAUGCCAAGCUCGGCUCUGAGUUUUACGAAUUGCUUCACUUUUGAAUAUUACUGCUUGAAGCAGUCACAUUUUAUCAAAUCAAUCAUCAUGAUCAUGAA